UAUCUCUAUAAACACCAUUUCUUUUCUUAAUUUCAACACCAAAACCAAAGCACUUCACACUUUCCUUAACAUCUUCAAAUCUACCCUUACUUCUCAUCACAUCCUUUUGCCAUUGUUCUUCACUCAAAGUCUUUCUUCUUCAACAUAAACAUGGCCCAGACUGCAUUGUGGUCACCGUUGCUUUUACUUUGCAUAAAUUAAGAAUAUUCAAGAACGGUUAAGAUGAAAGAGGAAAAAGAGAGGAAAAUUGUACUCACAAAGCCAUUAACGAUAGACAGUGAAUCUAAUUCAGACGCGUAUAAAGCCCCUAAUCUUAUGCAACGAAUGCUCAGUUUAUUCAAGAAUGUACGCCCCGGUUCUGACCUCACACGCUUUCAGCUGCCUCCACUAUUCAACUUACCGAAGUCACAACUUCAGUGCUAUGGUGAAUCAGUGUAUUGCACAGGUUCAGACUUGCUAAGCAUGUGCAACAAUGGAGAGAGUCCAAUUGACAGGUUCAUAUCUGUUGUAGCAUGGACCAUAUCUACCACUCGCCCUGUGACUUUUGGGGUUGCGCCUUAUAAUCCAAUUCUUGGUGAGACACACCAUGUUUCAAAGGGAAAUCUUAAUGUGUUAUUGGAGCAGAUUUCACAUCACCCUCCAGUAGCUGCUCUCCAUGCAACUGAUGAGAAGGAAAACAUUGAAAUGAUAUGGUGCCAGCGACCUGAUCCAAAGUUUAAUGGCACAUCAGUUGAAGCUAAGGUGCAUGGUAUUCGGCAGCUGAAGCUACUCAAUCAUGGUGAAACAUAUGAAAUGAAUUGCCCUCACCUUUUACUUAGAAUUUUUCCAGUUACUUCGGCUGAUUGGUCUGGCACAGUUACCAUCCGGUGCCAAGAGACAGGCAUAGUGGCUGAGUUAUCCUACAGAUCAAGUAGUUCCUUUCUAGGAAUUGGAGGGAAUCAUAGAGUGAUCAAAGGAAAGAUCCUUGACUCUUCAUCAUUAAAAGUUUUGUAUGAAGUUGAUGGUCAUUGGGAUAGGGUUGUAAAAUUGAAGGAUACAAAUAAUAAGGAAGUAAGAGUAAUAUAUGAUGCAAAGGAAUUUCUCUCAGGUCUAGAAACUCCAAAACUCAAGGAUUCGGAGAGUGUGUGGCCAACUGAGUCAGCUCAUGUUUGGGGAGAACUGAGUGAAGCCAUAUUGAGGAAGGACUGGGAGAAAGCAAGAGAAGCAAAGCUAGAAAUUGAGGAAAGACAAAGGAAGCUCUUGAAAGAAAGAGAGUCAAAAGGAGAAACAUGGGUUUCUAAGCAUUUUGUAGUAUCUAACAACAAAGAAGGGUGGGAAUGUUCACCUAUUCAAAACACUGUACCUGCUGCCCCCAUCACAGCACAAUAAUUGUUACUGUUCAGUACUCAAAAGCAAUGAAAUACAUUUUAGAAGAGAAUGUUCAUUGAAGAAUUUAAUUGUUGAAAUUUAAAUAUAUAUAUAAGUUAUCUAGUA